CAUUUCUUUAAUGCAAAAAUAAAGCAUAUCAAUACAAAUGAAUGAAUGUAUAAAUAAUGAGACGACAAAAGGAACAAAAUAAUUUCGCUCUAAAAACAAUUAAAUAGAUAAUUAAAAAGAAAAAACAUAACCUGAAUGUAAUAAAAAUUCAGAAGGAACUAAUUAAGGGAAUGUAACAAGUUUAGUAUAAAUUAAUAGAGUAAGGUUAUAUAGAAAAAAAGAAAUGAAGAGUUUGAUGUGAAUAGUUGUAUUAAGAAUUUAGUGUGUUUAUCUUUGAGUAUUGUUAAUGAAGAACUUUAAUUUAAUUGUUAGUAACAGAAUCAGAAAGAAUAAAUUUCUGAACAAAGUAAAGUUUUAUAAAAUAAUGAUUAAAACGAGAUUGACUAAUUUUAGUUGCCUCAAACAGUUUAAUAAAUUCCAACAUAAAAAUAAAAAUCUCAUAAGAAAGCAAAAAAUAAGAAAAAUAAAACAGAUUCCUCAUUAAAAAUUACAAAAAAUUAAACUUUAACAUAAAAACAAUAGGCAUAAUAACCUUAAAUUCAAUAACAAUAAAAGGAGAAACAACAUAAUCAACUGUCUCCUUAAGAACCUCAUAAAAUAAAACAAUAAAUAGUUUAGUAAAAGUUAAAAAAGUAGCCUAGCAUAACAUAAAUAGAAAAUUGUGUAUAAGAAAAUAAAAAAGAUUUUGUUGACUUUGAUGCUUAAUUUAGUCAAGUACAUUUGUUUAUAAAAAUUUUAGAUUGGAGCAAGAAGUACAACAGCAGGAAAUUCUUAAUCUGAAUCAGAUGAUUGUCUUUAAUAAUCUGAUGACAAUAAAUAACUAGAAUCUAGUGCUUAAAAAUUAUCAAGCAGAGAAAAACCAAAGAAAAAAAACUAUAGUAAUAAUGGAGAAAAAGUUGGUGAUAAAUAAUAUCCUCAUUCUACUUAAACAACACCAAUUAAAAGAAAAAAAUUGAAUUUAGUAAAAUCUAAAAAUUAUGAUAUUGAUGAAUUAUCGAAUUUUAUUCAAUAAAAAAGUUAUCAAAAUAGAACUAGAAAAUAAAUUUGUUUGAAUAGACUUAAUUAUCUUAUUUAUACAAAUUACAAUCUUAAUAUGUAUCCUUAUGGAUCUUUUGAAACUGGAUUAGAUUUAGAAAUAAGUGAUGUAGAUGUUGGAAUUUGGGGUUAAUAAAAUUUAAGUUAUAGCUAAAUAGUAAGGUUCUUAUAGCUAUUAAAUAAUACUUUAAAGUAGACACCAUUUUUAAUAAAAUCUAAGUAAUUAUAUAAAUAAAUUAAAUUUAGAUUGAUUUAAAGUUAAAUGCCAAUAUUGAAAUUAGAAUUGAAUCCUAAAUCAAGUUUUUAUGAUGAUGAUCAACAUAUUUAAUAAAAUUGGUCCUACUUUCAUUUAGAUCAAAAUGAUUAGGGUAUAAAUAUAUAAUAAAUUGAAGGUAAAAUCAUUUAAGUAGAUGUAAGUUGGAUUUAUUAAUGGAGCAAUAUAUAUAAUAAUCCUCAUUUAGGAUUUGCUUCAACUACAAUAGUAAAAGAUUGGGUUAGUAGGUUUGUAUGGUAUAGAGAUAUUCUAUUAAUUUUAAAACACUUAGUUAAAUCUAAAAAUUUAAAUGAUGCCCAUACAGGUAUAAAAUAAAUCUUAAUAUUUGAUAGGUGGAAUAAGUUCAUUUUGUUUAUCAAUAAUGUUAGCAGCAAUCUAUUUAUGUAAACAUUACACUCAAAAUGAUAAAAAAUAAAUUCUUCUUGACUUUUUAAAGAAGUAUGGUACUCAAUUCGAACCAUUAAAAGAGGGCAUUUAUAUAGACAGUUACGGGUAUAUUUAAUUUUUAAAUUAGUUAAUAAAAUCCAUUUAUAACUUUAGAAGAAUGUCCUCCUUAUAAUCCUCUCACAAUUUAUUCACCUAUUAAUGAUUAAAUUAUUUCUCAAAAAGCUCAUAGAUUUUAAGAGAUAUAAGAAGAAUUUAAAUAACUUUAUGAACACUUAACUAAAUCUAAUAAAAUUUAAGAUUACUUUGACAUGCCUUUACAAAUGAAUUAACCAUUAUUUAUAUGA